AUGCGCCGCGUUUGUGAUCUUAUUAGUACUCUAACUAGUAUUUAUUACGUUGUUGUUGUUGUGCGCAAAAGUCCAAAACGGCCGCACUUUUGUGGUGAUGAUGGAAAAAACAAACACGUAAAGACGAAGAAGAAAAAGAACACCGCUGCUGUUUUUGUCGUCUCUCGCGAGAAGGUCAUGUCUUCUGGAGUGAGGACGCGAGGGCAGAAAAGGCGGAUUGGGGAGAGGGAUGUGUGGGAUUUGAUCGUGAAUAACGACGAUAUUUGUUUCGCUCACAUUCUUCCGAGAUUGAAUUCGAUGGAUGUGAAAUUCUUGUACGAAGUGAAUGGUGAAACGAGAAAGUUGAUUAAGAGAUCAUCUCGCGAGGAGGAGUUGAAAUGGAAGUGUUAUAUUGAACAGAUGUCAUCGAUAUCGACUUUGGAGUUUGCAUGGGAGAAUCGAUCGUUGUGGCCGAGUUGGUGGGGCGAAGGCGAAACUUCUUUCUGCAUUCGAGUUGCUAAAACGAAUAAACUCGAGUUGCUCAAGUGGGCGCGAGAGGAGAAAAAGUGUGAGUGGGAUGAAGGGACGAUUACUGUGGCUGUAAACCAACGUAAUCUGGAAAUGGUAAAGUAUUGCGUUGCAAAUGAGUGUCCUAUCGAUGGGAGGGCGUGUGAAAUUGCUGCCAUAGGAGGUCAACUCGAGAUGCUCAAAUACUUACACGAAGAAGGCAAAGUGCCUUGGACUUCGGGUACUGCCGAAUGGGCGGCUGAAAGUGGUCAUCUCCACAUACUCGAAUAUCUUGUUGAGCGUAAGUAUGAUCAAUAUAACGAAUGGGCGUGUGCGAAUGCAGCCAUGAACGGCCAAUUAGACUGUUUGAAGUACUUGCACGAAACCGCCGAAGCGCCUUGGGACUCUCAGGCCGUUCGAUUCGCACAUGAGAACAACCACCCCGAAUGUGUACAAUACCUCCUCAACAAUAACUGUCCAUUACCAGAAGACUGGUCAUAUGAAGGUGGAGUACUACACACUACCGAUUCCGACGACGACUAUUAUGAUGUUACCGACGAAGAUGACGACUCAUACACGCACACGUGGUAA